UGCUUGCUCGCCCGAUCCGUCGAUCUUCUCGAGAGGAGCAGUUCAAAUCACCCUGUACGGAUCCAUUGGGAUCACCUAGAGCCGCGAGUCCAGUUGAGUGAAUCCUUUCAGGCUGGAUGGAUGCGGUGGGCUAGCUCUGCUCUCUUCUCGAAAUUGCAUAUUGCAUAGAGUAGUAUUGUACGAAACGAUAUCUCGUAACGGAAGGAUGGAAACCAAGAGAAAGAAGACAGCUCUAUCUCAGAAGUGAGCUCCGUCUCACAAGUUAGCUCCGUCGACACCUCGAGCUAUUCAAACGAGUGUUCAGUCAUCAGAUCUCAAUAUCGGGUUGGGAAUCUUUCUAGACUAAAAAGUUUCGUUUUCGUGGGUCGGUGUCAAGUCUAUCUCUCAUGUUGCUCCUCAGAAAACGCGUAGAAUAGUAAUGUCAUUGGCCCACUAGAUAAGGAUGGGACAAACGCUCUAGUCUAUGCGUUAGAAGGCAACUAGUAUUUUUGGUUAUUUUGGGAGGGAGUCUUUUUCUGUCUUGAGGGUUGGUUUGAUUGGAAAUCGAAAUGCCUCAACUUGAUAAAUUGACUUAUUUCUCACAAUUCUUCUGGUUAUGCCUUCUCCUCUUUACUUUUUAUAUUCUCUUUUAUAAUAAUAAUAAUGGAAUACUUGGAAUUAGCAGAAUUCUCAAACUACGGAACCAACUGCUUUCGCACCGGGGGAACAAGAUCCGGAGCAAGGACCCUAAUAAUUUGGAAGAUAUCUCGAGAAAAGGUUUUAGCACCGGUCUCUCAUAUAUGUACUCCAGUUUAUCCGAAGUAUCCCAAUGGACCGUCGACUAUUUGGGAAAAAGGAGGGAAAUCACUCUGAUCUCAGAUUUCGGAGAAAUAAGUGGCUCACGAGGAAUGGAGAGACAGAUUCUCUAUUUGAUCUCGAAGUCCUCAUAUAACACUUCUUCCAGUCGGAUCACUUGUUGGAAAAACAUAAUGCUCACACAUGUUCCACACGGGCAAGGAAGCAUAAUCUAAUGAACUUAGAUUCUUUUCUUUCUAUAGGACUGAGGAUCCUUGCCUAGAUCCAGAAAAAGUUGGAUGCACCGGAA